GUUUAGCAGCGGUUAAAAUGGAAAAGAUGAAAGAAGGUGAAGGUGCGUGCUAAGGUCAGCUGGACGUCAUGUGAUAGUUAUGUGACAAUAGUGACGUCUUGUGUUCUUCUUCUGGGGUUUACAAGAACCAUGGAGAGUCCGCAUGGCCUCUUGCUCUCUUCAUUCCUUCUCCUGACGCUCUCAGGGGCGUACGCCGGGGAUCCCGCGGCCGACCUGCGGCGGAUGGCGGUGAUCCACUCGCUCAUCCCCGCCGUGCCGCCGUCGGCGAGCCGUGGAGCAGGCUCCGAGGCUGUGAACUUCACGGCGGCCUUCCGUACUUCCGACAACGCCACCCUCCAGCUUAGCGUCGGCAUCCUGGACAACAGUACCAGACAGGAGAUGUACUCCGAGUGGGUGGACCUGGGCUCCCCGAGCUCCACUGUCAAGGUGGUGUCCAAUCCUGCCGCGGCUUACUCCGUCAACAAUACGAUCCAGGUGUUUGUGCAGUGUUCCGAUGGACAGGUGUACUACCUGGAACAGAAGCCCAAACAUGCCGUGUACUUCGUCACCUGGUACAAGCUUCCAGGUUCCCUGCCUGUAGACGAGGGUGGGCCGGCACUGUUGGUGGGGCGGGACUCUGUGAGCGCUCUGGCGUGGAAGGGCAGGGUGGCCGUGUUUGUGAGAUCCAUGCAGGUGUCGUCAAACCUGUACUGGUCUACAGGUGUUGCUAAAAGCUUCACUCCAUGGCAGAACUUGGGUGGAAACCUGGCCACAGAUGCCACUGUUGUGUACAACCCAUUUUCAGGGUACAUGGAGGCCUACGCAGUCCUGAGCGAUGGAAAGGUGAACCGUAAAGACCAGGUGCACGACAACAAGUGGCAAGAUUGGACUGUUUUAGGAGUGAGUCAGCCGGCCAUGGUGAACACAUCACGCCCAGUGGCACACGCCAUGAGUGAGACCAUCUUCCACGGCAUGACGGAGGUGUUCGCCCUGGGGGCUGAUGGGAAAAUCAAGCAUAUCUGGCAGACCACAUGUGACAAUGUGGUGAACCCCUGGGGGUACUGUACCUGGGGUCUCUGGGGAAACAUAGCAGGCAGUUUGUCUAAUGACAUACGGGUGGCGUACGGGUACGGCAUGGAGAAGCCUCAGCUGCGGGGACAGGUCAAUGUCCUCGCUACCGGACACAACGUGCAUCUGGGAAACGAGGUCUUCUUUGUUGGCAAAAAUGGCAGCCUCUGGCAUGUUUGGCAGCUCCUCCGAAAUGACGUUUGGAACGGACCAGACCUGAUUGGUCGGCCAGCUGAGGGGGAGAUCGGGUCCCUGCCAACCAUCAUGCAGGACAGGACAGGAGGCUGGUGGAGGGCGUACGUCAUCACCACUAAGGGACAGGUAGGGAUUGUUGAACAGCAGAAGAACCUGUCCAUCUCUGUGGAGCAGAUGGCAUCAGGCUCCAACCUGACAGUGUCCUGGCGAGUUCCUGAAGAUGAGGCCGCCGGCGCGGACUGGCUCGGCGUCUACAGACGGGGGGACGAUGAGAACAGGAACUACCUGGACUUCAGGUAUGUCCAGGGUGGUCAGAAUCCCAAGCAACCACCUGUGCCCAAGGGCUCUGUUACCAUGGCGAUAUACCUUCCUGAUGGCAAGUACGACCUGCGCUACCUGGUCAACAGGAAGUUCUCUGAUGUCAUGACCACAGGUGUUGAGGUGUAUAAUGGACCAGAGGAUGAGAACUGGGUACAGCUGUACCAGGGGAUGGCUAUAGGGCUGGGGAAGGAGGGCCUCAACAUCACCCUGUGUGUCAAAGAUGGAGAGGCCACCAUCAAGAAGUUUGAACAAACCUGGGAGGCUUUCCUGCAGAGGGAGUUCUGGGAGGGGCUGAAGUUGCUAGGCGUGUCCCUUGGAGACCUUGUGGCAGCCCUGGUCCAGUGUGAGGAGACGGCUGUAGCAGAGGCCCUCAACAAGUUUGUCACAGAUCUCAUGAGCUGUGCCUCCGCUAAACAAUGCACCAGUUUUGUGGUUGAUCUUGUGAAAGAAACAGAAAUCUGGUUCAAGGACAGCUACGAGAUCUUUGGGGACAUCCGAGCGGCGUCCAACAACUUCCGGCUGCUGAAGGCUUACAAGCAGGGUGGGGUGUGUGUGGGUAGGGUGGUGAAGGCCUGUAUUGAUGUGGACAACAACAUUACCAAGACUGUGGUAUAUUAAAGGCCAGUCUUAAGCCACUGUCACAUUUCCAGAACCUAAGCCUGGCAUUAUUUUUAGCCAAUUUCCAAGCAACGUCAGCGCACUGGUUUGGAUGUAGCCUAGAAUCAAUCCUAUUCUAGCUCCAGUUUGAUCCUCUGUUAACAUCCAUGCAGCAUACGUCUUUGCUGAUGUUGAUUUUUGGAAGUUUAUAGCUACCCUGUGCAGAUACCUUUAAUGACCAAUAUGCAACCUUUCCAAUUAAAUUCCCAACCAUGAGAUGACACUGAUGACCACUAACUUCAUGGUAACUGGGGCUCAAUGGUGGGCUGACACUGUGCUAAAUUGACAGCUCACCACAAGUUUUUAUCACUUUUUUGGUGCAAUACUGAUUGAAUGGCUGGUCUUGGCCGGGACCAUUGUGCCACUUUAGGACAUCAUGGUUAACUUGAUCAGUUUAGGACUAUUUGCUGAUUGAAAGUGUUCCAUAGAGAUGUCACGCAGUGCAAUGCAAUACAAUGCAAACUUGUAAC